CCCCAUCCCGGCCCGGCGCCGUCUCCUCCCUCCGUGGGGCCCCGACGAGGGGGUCGGGGCAGCCUCGGCACGGUCAGGGACACGGGGGACAGGGCUCGUGUCCCGGGAGAAGAUGAUGUGAAUGGGCUGCAAGAACCCGACAAGAUGGAUGGAGAGCUGCCCUGUGCUGAGGUGGAUGGGGAAGUGUCCUCUGCCGCAGCAGCGGAUCUGGGAGGGGAGAUGCCCUGUGUGGAGAGUUCUACUGAAGGAGAAGUGUCUGGUGCCCAGAGAGAUGCAGAAGGAGAGAUGGCCAGCCCAAAAGAAGAGGAAGCUUGUGCUGAGGGCAGCGUGGAAGGAGAGAUUCCCGGCACUGACAGCGAUGGAGAAGGAGAGAUUCCCGGCACUGACAGCGAUGGGGAAGGGGAAAUGCCCUGUGCUGAAAGCGAUGCAAAAGAAGAGGCAUCUUGCUCUGAGAGCGAUGGGGAAGAAGUACCAGAUGCUGGAAUCCCUGCUGCUUCAAGGAAAAUAGCUUCUCUUUCUUCUCCCCUACGGGCGAUCGUCCGCCUGCGGCGGCGAUACCGCGGGCAGAAGAAAAGCCGCCUGCACUUGGAGCUCCCUCGGGAAAAGCCCGCCGAGUUUGUCCACACGAGGCUGCUCCAGAGGCAGCUCUCCCUGAACAGAACUGGCCUGUAUGGCCCUUCCAUGUCUCUCUUCAACCAGACAGGCUUUGAAAGCUCCCAGUACUUCACCUUCGACACGUCGGUGGAGCAGCACGCGAUGAAAAAGUGCCGGCGGAAAAAGAGCCGAAGGAAAUUUCGGAUGGUCCUCUACCCAGACAAAACAAAGAGGUACCUUCCAACAGAGGAGAAGAGCAAAGCAAAACGCUGCCUCUUCUUGCUCAUGGCCAUUAUCUUCUUCCAGAUUCUCAAUGCAAUAGAGAACCUGGAUGAUAACCUCCAAAAAUACGACCUGGACGGUUUGGAGAAAACAAUGCACCGGGAAGUGUUUGGGCAGAGGGUGGCUGUGGAAAGUAUUGUGGAGUUACUGAAAGACUAUCUGGCUACACACAUCCACAACAAGCCUCUAGUCAUCUCUUUAAAUGGCCCGACAGGAGUUGGCAAGAGCCACGUGGGCUGGCUGCUGGCCAAGCAUUUUCGUUCCGUCAUGGCCAGUGACUUUGUGCUGCAGUACUUUGUAAUGCACCACUGCCCCAGCGGGGUGGCUCCUCUGACGUGUGAGAUAGACCUGUCAGAGAAGAUUUCUGACAUCGUUACAAGAGCUGAAAUAGAGGAGAAGACACCGCUGUUUAUUCUGGAUGAGGUGGAACUCAUGUCUCCCGUCCUGCUGGACACUCUCAGCCGGUUCUUCGAACCCAAUCAAACCAACGAGUUCCUCAACGCCAUCUACAUUUUAAUCAGCAACAUAGGAGGUGGCGAAAUAACGAAGUUCCUUAUCCAGAACGACUCCGCUGAGCUCCUGCGUCAGCACCGGGGAGCUGAAGAGCUGGUGAGCAUUAUCCAGCCGGUGCUGAGCCACGUCCACCCUCUCUGGAAGUCUGCAGACAUCGUCCCGUUUGUUCUUCUGGAGAAGACUCACGUCGUAAACUGCUUCCUAGAGCAGAUGAGGAGGGAAGGGCUGUACCCUGAGCAGAAGCACCUUGAACAUUUGGCGGAUCAGCUCAGUUACUACUCUGCGGGGGGCAGGCAGUACUCCAGGACGGGCUGCAAGCAGGUGGUGGCCAAAGUCAGCCUCCAGUAGGGAUUUAUUGCAGAGACCAAGCCCUGCUCUCAGGAUUGGCCAAACUGUGGGCUCAUGGAGGGGUGUGGUACAUCAGGCUGUGGUCAAGGUGUCCUUUCUCAGCCCUGCACUGACUCUGUCCUGGUUGAGGUGGAGGGAUGGCAGCCCAGACAACCCUGUUCUCCCGAGGCUUCACUUGUUCCUGAUGUUCUGUGAAUAAGGAAGGGCAAGGAAGCCCAAACCACCUCCCAGCUCCUCAUGUUCUCAUUGGGAUACUUGUCAUUAGGGAGUUGUCAGGUGGCAUCAAAAGCUGCAGGACCUAAAAAGGAGGAUGAAACAAUUCCUGGGUGGCUGCCCCUGCAGAACACAUCACCUCACGUGUCUCACUCCCUCCCAGGCUCACAGUCACCAGCUCUGUGCCGUUCUUGGUCCUGGCUGGUGUGUGCAGAGCAGAGGUGGGGCUGGAUACCUGGGGGAACUGAGAGAAUUUGUGGCUCCUGCUCCCCCAAACCGCGGGCAGCCAGAGCUCUGCUUUCCGCACCUCCUACGUGACCACAUCCUCGGGAGAGCGCCUUUUGGAUCUGCUCCUGGGCUGUUGCUCUUCUGAGCUCAUACCUGAGCUCACCUUUGGCACCUGCAGUGAGUUUUCUGCCCUGCAGGUCUGUUUGGGCUCGCCUUGGAGACUGCUGGGCUGUGCCAGCCGGUGCAGGAAUAACCUCCGGAUUGUUUCGGGUCUCGUCCCCAGAGCUCUUCUGCUUUUUGCUCUGGGCCCACGUCACUGUGCUGCUUAUCUAGAAAGCCCAAAAUAGCAACUGAUGUAUAUUAAGCAGCACACACUGGAGAAGACGGUUUGGGCUGCCUGGGCCUGUGCAGUGGGGAUGCUGGGCUUGUUGCCAGUCCUGUGAGGCCAGGAGGAGGCUCUUUGCCAGCAAGACCCAGGUGAGAACUGGGAGCACCCCAGGAAGAGCACACGACCGUGUUCUGAGCAGGCAAACUGCGCAGGUAUUUAUGACAUCGUUUUUUUCAGGUUUGGGUUUUGUGCAAGGGUUCUACAAUUCGCUGUGAAUUCCCACAUAGGUGACCCUGUGGAUGUUCGCUCUGGGUGUUUGAUUCACCUCUUGCUAAUUUGUUGGUUUGCAAAGACUCCAUCACCAGCUCCUGCUUCCAGAGCUAUUGUCAGGAAUAAACCCAAACUGUCCUGAAUAAAAUAAUUCA